AUGCCAGUUCCCGUUCCCCUUAACAACAAACCGGUCGCACACCCCGUGGCCAAGAAUUUCAACCCUCGCUCUGCUUCACAUCCCUACACGUCAGAUCUUCAACAUCUAGCUCGAUCUCUACCUGUCUCGCCUGCGGGUCCUCCGCCCUCAUUUGGGACGCGUGAACAGUGGAUCAAUUCUCUGCCUUCGUGGAGGCGAAGCAAGCCGCGGCGCAUUUGGGAAGAAGACACGCACGCCGUGCCUGGACAUCGUCAGUAUUUUCACCAGGGGUUGACCGCUGCGGAAGACGCAGUUGUUAUUAAAGGAAAGCGCGCGCAGGCGUGUAUUCCGCCCCUUGGUACCUUAUUGCAAAGUCUCGGAGUGCCCUCCCAGCCAAAAGCCAAGAUGCCGGCACUCACUUUUGGCACCAUGAAUGACCAUGACCAGUAUUCUAUGAGUGUCGACGCAGUGAAUUCCUCGGGCACAGUGCGGGGCACCAGCGACUGCGCCGGCAGCACGCGUUCGGGCAGCUACGGAGGUAGUCCUAUGCUUCGUGAUGAGUCACCGACGGGUACCGACAACGAUGGUUCCAGUCCCUUGGGGCCCGUCACUCCUUUCUCUGACUUCAUUGACCGCGCCGUCUCCACCCCCGCUGUCACCUAUCGGCAGGAUGACCGAUCUAUGGGUCGUGUUAUUCAAGACCCCUACUAUGCUGCUGUCGAUUACAUGCCCGGCGGCGCAUUACCACCUCCAUUCCGCCCGCCCGUCGAGUACGUUAAGGAGCAAGUGCCCGCCCCUGUGGCCGCUCCCGAAGUUGUCACUCCCUCUGCUUCGCCGGGAUAUCGGAAACUCGCCGAACCCCUUGCAGAUUGGGUAGUCAACUAUGUUUGGCGAGUUUGUACCACGGGGUUCAGUCUGCCGCCCAAGUUUGCAGUUUCAAGCGGUGCCUCAUCAACCCAAUACCCUCUGACACCACCUGUGCAUCUCACAGGAGCCGUUCACUCGCUCCUCUUGUCGACGCUCCUCCAGCCAUCAGCCGUGUUUUUGGCCAUAUGGUACAUCGUCCACCUUCCUGUCUACUUUGAUGCCGUUGGUCUCGAUACGGAUGGUAGCAGAGAGUCUGUGUUUAGGCAGGUAUUGUUGUUGGAGCACUCAGACGUCAGCGUAGAGUCUCAGCAAGCUGCUGUGCCCUUCCGACUAAUCGUUCUUGGAUGUAUGCUUGCCAACAAGUGGCUUGAUGAUCAUACGUUUUCGAACAAGACUUGGCACACCAUCUCCGACGUCCCUAUAGGCACCCUCAACAAACUCGAAUCCAUGGCUCUUGCUAUCUUUUCGUACGAUUUGUCGGUGCCUCCUGAGGAAUGGAACCGCUGGCUCUCGCACGUCCUUUCCUACCACUGCUCCUUGUCCUCGCCAAGUCAUCCUCAGCCCAUCUCCAGGCCCUCGACCAACCCUCAUUCCAUUGUCCGAAAGGCCAUGGAGGAGAUUCUUGUCAGUUCUCCGGCUUCGCCUAGCGACAUGCCUCAGCCGACCUUCUUAGGGUUAGAUGCCCGUCGGAAGGAAAAGCAGGAAAGGGAACUUGUACGCGAAAUCGACCUCGACGAAGAUGGUCCUCUUCGGGAGGAAUAUCUUCCUAAACGUCGCUCGACUCGUUCCGACGUAGCGCAAUACGAGCCUCCUCGCUACGAGCAGCGUAUGUGUGUAGACUCGUCCAACCUCGUUCCUUCGCCUGCCAAAUGGAGUCCAUCAAGCGGCGAACCUAUCUUCCGAGAGCGGAAUGCGGUGAACGGACAUUAUGUUGCGGUGCAGCCUUCGUUCGUCCCCGUGCAGCCUCUUUACCAAGCACACCAUUACCCGUACGCUGGCCAAUGGAACGCCCAUCCUGGGAUCAAGUCUACAGGGUAUCUCUUUGAGGGCUUCCCUACCACUGUUCUUCCGCAAAAUACUUUGCACGCAUUUCCAUAUGUCUCCGCUCCUGCUCACUCAAGGUCCCUCUCCGUUUCUCAUGGUCAAGACCCACUACGCGGUCACUUGCGCUCCUAUUCUCAGACACACGUCGACCAUAGAUGGAGCCAAGUAAGGAUGACUGCAAAUGACUCCGCAUUGCCUCCUCGCGAUUUGCCUUGGGCUGCGACCCAUGGUCCAUAUUACCCACCGCAAGCACUUGCUCCCCACCCUCCGUCUCAAUCGGCAUGGCUUAGAUCCUAA